GGGGUACACUUCAGGGGUGCAUUCGGCCGAUUCGGCAACGCACCAGCUGUCAUGGCGCCUCAGUGUUGUGUGCCCAAAUGUGCGUCCUCAAAGAGAAAAAAUCCUACCGUGGACAGACUUUCCACCGUUUCCCCAAAGAGCAGGCACUUCGCCGUGAAUGGAUAAAUCACGUCAAGAGGGAUCCUGGUCCAUAUUUCAAGAUCAACGCUGAGACCAAGGUUUGCUCUGAGCACUUUGAGAAGCAGUGUUUUGUAAAGACCGCCCGUGGUAUCACAGAGCUUAUAAAGGAUGCUGUGGCAACUUUGUUCGCCUGGACUUCAGAGAGGCCAAAGAGGAGAAUCAUCAUUCGCAGACCGAGUACGGAUUCCAUGGAGGUGGAUGAAAACCAGCCUGAUGUGAGAAGGGAUGCCUUGAGGUGGAGCUUUCCCAUGACCAAGAGAUGAACGCUAAACUCAAUAGUUUUUUUUUUUUUCUCCUCCUUCCUGCACUGUAGAAAAAAAGUCAGUCAGUAAACAAAACAAAUGAUUGGAUUUCACAGAUUUGUUUAUUACAAUUUCAGAGAGAAGUGAUGUAUGCAUAAUAAAAUACAUUAUUAUAUAAUAAUAUAACAUUUAGUAUAAUAAGAUGAUCUAUGAUGCACACUUAAAGCAUGAGAGAUUUGUAGAAAUAAACAUCAAUU